GCAUUUCUUUUUCUUCUUAACCCCUCUUGUCAACAAUACACAUGUCUCCUACCGUCUUACCCAACAACAACAAUAACAAUAAUAGGAUGAUGACAAGAGACGAAAUCAUGAAAUUGGCAAGAAAUGAAUAUGCUCGUCAAUUAUCAAAAUAUACCAAAGCACAAUUGCUGAAAAAUAAUAUUCAAGUGAACAAGACAUCCGAAAGUGAUACAAAGUUAUCUUCGUCCAGGGGUCAGCAAGCCAAUCUCACACAACAGUAAAAGCUUUGGCUGCCUUAUUUGUAAAUAACCGAAAUUGACUCUCAACUCACACAUAUAUAUCCUCUCUUACACUAUCGCUACCGCUGCAAUAAUCAUUUUUUCAUUGGGCAUUUUUUUUUCUCUUUAUUUCUUUCUUUUUUUUUUGUAUAUAAAAUAUUUUAUAUUCAUAACGCAUAUAUAAAUAUUCCCAUAAAUAAAAAGUCUUUUUUCUUGAAUUAAUAAAAGAUCUCGAC